CAGGAGACCCGAUCCCCGGUGUUCCACCCCCCCCCCUGGCAGGGGCGCGCACGAUCCCCGGCCGCGCGAGCUCCCGCCAUCCGAGGCCCUUUUUUGGCGGGCUACCCAUUUCCCAUGGUUCACCUUUGAGGCCUCUACUCUGGUUUGGUUUUCACUUCGGUUCAUUCCUUACUAGGUUAUCAACCAUGUCCUCCGUCCAGGUCUUUGGUCGCAAGAAGACCGCGACUGCCGUCGCUCACACCAAGGCUGGUAACGGCCUCAUCAAGGUCAACGGUGUCCCCCUGCACCUGAUCCAGCCCGAGGCCCUCCGCCUUAAGGUCCAGGAGCCCAUCCUCCUCCUCGGCAAGGAGCGCUUCGCCAACGUCGACAUCCGCGUCCGCGUCUCCGGUGGUGGUCAGACUUCCCAGAUCUACGCCAUCCGCCAGGCCAUCGCCAAGUCUCUCGUCGCCUUCCACCAGAAGUACGUCGAUGAGGUCUCCAAGCGCGAGAUCAAGGAUAUCCUCAUCCAGUUCGACCGCACCCUCCUCGUUGCCGACCCCCGCCGCUGCGAGCCCAAGAAGUUCGGCGGUCCCGGUGCCCGUGCCCGCUACCAGAAGUCCUACCGCUAAUGGUGGGAGGUGUCUGCUUCACAGAUUCUCUCCGAGUCGCCUUCCCCUUCUCUCCAGACAGUGUGCUUUUGUUGUCGCCUUGUAACUAGAGAUAAACACCAGAUUUCUCUACCGCGCCCAAAGGAACAUCGAUAUCGUGUGUGUCUCUCUCCCCC